GGGUGCGGCGGGGGCUCGGGCUGCCGUCCGCUCCGCCCGUGGCGCGGAGGAGUCGAGCAGGGCCCCGCCGCUCUCCUCCUCCAUGAGGCCUGAGUGAGGUGCAGCGCCGAGCCGGCCCGCGGCGCCUCCCUACCCCCCGCCCCCGCCCCCCAUCCGGAGCGCAGCGGCGGCGGCCCCCGGAGGUGGAGGAGGAGCAUGUCGGACGGUUUCGAUCGGGCUCCAGGUGCUGGUCGGGGCCGGAGCUGGGGCCUGGGCCGCGGAGGGGGCGGGCCUGAGGGCGGCGGUUUCCCGAACGGAGCGGGGCCUACGGAGCGGUCGCGGCACCAGCCGCCGCCGCAGCCCAAAGCCCCGGGCUUCCUGCAGCCGCCGCCGCUGCGCCAGCCCAGGACGGCCCCGCCGCCAGGGGCCCAGAACGAGGUCCCCUCCGGCUCCGAGCGGCCUCCCCGACCCGGGGCGCUCCCAGAACCCCCGAAGCCCCCGAGAGCCCCGCCCAGUUCACAGGAGAACCCCCCCGCGCCGAACCCCGGGUCCGCCAUGGCCAAGCCCCAGGUGGUGGUGGCUCCCGUGCUGAUGUCGAAGCUGUCUGCCAACGCCCCCGAAUUUUACCCCUCAGGUUAUUCUUCCAACUACACGGAGUCCUAUGAGGAUGGUUGUGAUGAUUAUCCUCUACCAGAAUUUGUUCAGGACUUUUUGAACCAUCUUACAGAGCAGCCUGGCAGUUUUGAAACUGAAAUUGAACAGUUUGCAGAGACCUUAAAUGUCUGGGUUACAACAGAUGAUACUUUACAAGAACUUGUAGAACUCAUCUACCAACAGGCCACAUCUAUUCCAAAUUUCUCUUAUAUGGGAGCUCGCCUGUGUAAUUACCUGUCCCAUCAUCUGACAAUUAGCCCCCAGAGUGGCAACUUCCGCCAAUUGCUACUUCAAAGAUGUCGGACUGAAUAUGAAGUUAGAGAUCAAGUUGCAAAAGGCGAUGAACCAACUCGAAAACGAUUUCAUGCAUUUGUACUCUUUUUGGGAGAACUUUAUCUUAACCUGGAGAUCAAAGGAACAAAUGGACAGGUUACAAGAGCAGAUAUUCUUCAAAUUGGUCUUCGGGAAUUGCUGAAUGCUCUCUUCUCUAAUCCUAUUGAUGACAACUUAAUUUGUGCAGUAAAAUUGCUGAAGUUGACAGGAUCAGUUUUGGAAGAUGCUUGGAAGGAAAAAGAAAGGACUGAUAUGGAAGAAAUUAUUCAAAGAAUUGAAAACGUUGUUCUCGAUGCAAACUGUAGCAGAGAUGUAAAACAGAUGCUCUUGAAGCUUGUAGAACUCCGAUCUAGUAACUGGGGCAGAGUCCAUGCAACUUCAACAUACAGAGAAGCAACACCUGAAAAUGAUCCUAAUUACUUUAUGAAUGAACCAACAUUUUAUACCUCUGAUGGUGUUCCUUUCACUGCAGCUGAUCCAGAUUACCAAGAGAAAUAUCAAGAGUUACUUGAAAGAGAAGCCUUUUUUCCAGAUUAUGAAGAAAAUGGAACUGAUUUAUCAGGGGCUGGUGAGCCAUAUUUGGAUGAUAUUGAUGAUGAGAUGGACCCAGAAAUUGAAGAAGCUUAUGAAAAGUUUUGUUUGGAAUCAGAGCGUAAGCGAAAACAGUAAAGUUAAAUUUCAGCAUAUCAGUUUUAUAAAAGUUUAGGUAUGGUGAUUUAGCAGAACACAGGAAAGCAAGAAAAUAUGUUACACUUAUACCAAAUUAAGGAUGUUGAGUUAUGUUACUAAUGUAUGCAACUUUAAUUUUGUUUAACACCAUCUGCCAAAAUAAACUUUAUUCCCUAUAACUUAAAAUGUGUAUAUAUAUAAAAUAGUUUAUUAUGUACAGUUAAUUCCACUGUUUUGGCUGCAAUAAAAUCGAUUUUGAAAUAAAGGAAAUGUUGAAAGUAAAUUUUGCUAGCUGGGUUAGAUGCUUAUCCUUUAAAUUCUCCUUUCCUUGAGAGAAAAAGUCUUAGCCUGGAAGUACAUAUUACUGUGAAAAUGUAGCAUUCUUUUUUAGAUAUGACUUACAGCUUUUUAGUUUGACAUUUGUGUCUCAAUAAAUGGAAUUUCAAAUACUAAUCACAAUCAUGAAUACCUUUAGCCGUAAAGUCUUGGAAUAUAUCAACAACUGAUUUACUGAUAUAGAUGUUAAUUAAUACCAAGGGCUUUUGAAAUGUCCUAAAUAUAGGGAGGGGAGGUGGAGAACUUAGAACUCCCACCCAAACAACCAAGACUUUGCUGAAGACUUAUUCCAAUUCAAGAAUCAUUGUUUGUUUCACCUGACUAACUUCAUGAUCCUCAGCCUUAGAAUGUUAUCUGCUUUAUUUAUAUGGCUUUCUCAUUUUUUAUUUUGUAGCAUGGGUUGCAUUAACUUUUUUACUAGAGAAUUUUACUAGAUACUUGUCCAUUCAAGUUUUCAUCUGCUUUAUAAUUGAUACACCUUGAGGAUGUCUUUUCUAAUACUUUUACUAUAAUGUGGUACCACCUCAGCCCUAUGUAAGUAAUAUUUUUACCUAAUGUCAAAUCUUUUUCCAACUAACUUAAAAAUAAAACAUGUAUAAAAGGGUUGCUUGUAAAUAUGCAUGUAAAUAGUUCUGUUAAUAACCCAUUAUUUUACAUCUGGUACAUGUGUCUGCUAAUGCUGUUAGCUUUCUCAGUUUUCUGCUUGUUUGUUCAGUCUGAAUUAAAAUAGAUUUUGAAAAUAAAACAGUAGUUUUCUUUCCUCUUAA